AUGUGGAUUCUCUUUCCAACGGGUCGUCGUUCAUGGGGAUACGACUGGCAAUCUGCAAGUCGUUUGAAUAUCUUUUCGGCACUCGCAUCACUCGCCUCUCAACUGCCAGGUGUUCCAACGCAAUUGAAAUCGGCAUACGAGAUUGACCCGACAAAGCUACUAGUUACUGGACAUUCAAUGGGUAGCUAUGGAUGUUUUUCAUUUACAUCGCAUUUUGGUGAUUUGGCGCUGGGUUCGGCAUGUGCAGCUGGAUUCGCUAAGUUAGAAGAAUACAUCUAUUACAAUACGAGACCUUCUUUUGAGCGACUGGAUCCGGUGUUGAAAGGUUUGUUUAUGGCAUCGAUUGCAGAGUCCGAUGCAGAUCUCUAUAGUUCUUCGAUGGUCGGCAUACCGCUGCUGGUUAGAUACGGCCAGAACGACACAGUAGUAUCGCCAUGGCAUUCGCGGAGAAUGGCUAGAUUAGUCUCUGAAAACAGCGGUGAUCCCAAUGCUGUGAUGAUAAGUGAAGUUCCCAACCAAGGUCAUUGGUUCUCUUUUAUGUUGGAUGAUCCAUUGAUGUCGCAGUUCUACAGUAACAUUUCUAGUGCCAGACAUAUGUUACCGGCAAUUCCAGAGGAUUUGAUAAUUGUAACAAACAAUCCGGCAUCCUCAGGAAGUCGUGCCAAUAUUUUAAUAUUACAAACUCUGAUUCCAUCUAGAGUUGCACGCAUUUCAAUUAAACAGCUGAACGAUAGUGUCGAUGGAUUGGUUUGGCGGCUAUCCACUCAGAAUGUCAGACGUUUCGGAUUCACCAAGUCACCGGACAGACCACUGCCAAACAAGAUCAUCAUUGAUAAAAUGGUGUUCGAUACCACAUUCCUACCGGAACAACACUAUUUCCGAACGAAAAAGGGUAGUCUACAGUCAUGGGUGGCAACCGGCGACAAUGGUUGGACAACAAAGGAAAGAUCCGCCGCUACCUACGGUCCAAUGAGACAGAUAUUCGAAAAGCAAUUUACAAUCAUCUAUGGAACAAUGGAUGAAUCGUUAACGUCACAAAUGCAAUGGUCAGCCAUUUGGAUAAGUAAUUAUUUCAAUACGUAUGGACGUGGAUCACCAUCGAUCUACUCCGAUCAGGAAUUCCAGCCAACUACCACCACCGGUGAUUGCAGCCAAUCAACAGCAGCAGCCAACUAUAUAUUAAUUGGAAAUAGUAAUCAGAAUCUAUUUGUUGAGAAAUAUCAAGAGUAUAUGCCACUGAAGUUUGGUGAUAACAAUAGCUUCUCAAUUGGUGAGUACCAAUUCGAAGGAAAUCUAGGCAUUGGGAUUACCUUUCUUUCACCGAACCAAUGUGGUGAUGGCUUGUUUUUGGUUGUGGCAGGUACUGAUUCUCAAGGACUUUCAAAUGCACUUCACACAGUUCCACAGCGCUCCGGAGUAACCGCUCCCGACUUUCUCAUUGUAUCUGACGAUUGGCGAUCCUCUGGUUUAUCUUCAACCAUCGCAACAGGUCUUGUCUAUUGUAAGUUGGGUGUCAUUAUUUCACAUGAUGAUCAAUCAUCGAUUACACUCUUAUCAGGUGAAACAAUGACACAACAACAGAUAUAUUUGAAAGCUAUAGAGUGUACUCCAACAUGUACCAACUCAUACUAUAUCUUGCAAAGACAAUGUCAGAUGUAUCAAUGUAAUAGAACUUGGUUCAAAGUUACAUUUUGCAUAGCAUUCUUUGGCAUUAGAUAUGAAAUUAAAAGAAACAGUGACAUUCAGCAAUGA